UUCUGAGGGUCAGACGGUAUAUUUCCUCGAAAAUCAGCGGUCACACUGCCCUUUUCACUUUAGCGAGGCAAAAUUGUCACAUUUUUUGGCAAAAUUUGCAGUUUGUGAUUCACAGUAUAAUAUUGUAAUUCGUGUGGCCAAGGCAGCGCCAUAAGCAACAACACCCCAGACAGCAGCAGAGACUCAGCAAAGCAGCAGCAAAAUGCCCAAGAAUAAAGGUAAAGGUGGCAAAAAUCGUCGUCGUGGAAAGAACGAGAAUGAAUUCGAAAAGCGCGAGCUGAUCUUCAAGGAGGAUCAACAGGAGUACGCACAGGUGACCAAAAUGCUGGGCAAUGGUCGGUUGGAGGCAAUGUGCUUUGAUGGCGUCAAACGCCUGUGUCACAUUCGGGGGAAACUUCGCAAGAAGGUUUGGAUCAAUCAGGGUGAUAUUAUAUUGGUCGGUUUGCGUGACUAUCAGGACUCGAAGGCCGAUGUCAUCCUGAAGUACACGCCCGAUGAGGCCAGGAAUCUGAAGACAUACGGCGAGUUCCCCGAGUCGGUGCGCAUCAACGAGACAGUCACAUUCGUGGAGGAUGGCUUCGACGAGGACAUUGAGUUCGGUGACGAGAUCAGCUCAGAGGACGAUGCCGAUUCCGUAGACAACAUCUGAUUAACAAGAAAACAAAGGAAGAUGUUAUCCGGGGCGGCAGCAGCAGCAGCUGGAGUAGGAGCAGGGACGGCGGGUGCGGCAGGAACGUCCGACGAAGCAAAGUCAGUUAAAGAGUAGGGAAUUAAACAAAUUGUAAAAAGCAAAGCAAACCCCACACAGAACCACAGAUCCAGAUACCCAAUCCAGCAUGCUCCCGGCGACUGGCGAAACAGCAGCCACAGCAGCCACAACAAUUACGCAAAUAGCCCACAGUUUUUCAGCAACUUUAAUGUUCAUCUUUCUAUAUAAACUUUUGGUAUUACUUCGACUAGGUUCCAAAUUCAAAUUGUUUCACAAAACUCCAUAUGUAUAACCUAACUACAUCUAGUAGAACUGUUGCACUGAGCAGCAGAACCAUGCCACACAGUGAAGCAAACCACAUUAAAUCUUUAUGCAAUUAAACACACACAAAACAACAAAGAAACCCACAACCAAUGGUUACUAGUUAUUAUUCACCCAACAAAUUCACCCAAAAACUAAAUGAGAAAAUCGCAACAAAGCAAAGAGAAUAAAGUAAAUUCAUAAAUCAUAAAUAAUAGAAUAGGAGUUUAGCAAAACAUUUAUGUGUAAAUGAGAAAGCAGACGGACGGAAGUUAGAAGGAGUUUCAAUUGUAGCUAGCGAGUAAGCCAAAAAAAAUCAAGAAAUCCCAGAGUUUUUGCCCCACCCCCUUAAAGUGUUCCUCUCUCGUCUUGUUUUCAACUCUAUCUCUCUAUCUACUUGAUAAUUGUGUGUUACUUUUGAUGGUCUUCAUAGCGAUAUUCCAUAUAUUCCCCACAUAACGCCCCACUUUUGUUUUUGCUGUCGACGCAUUCAGCCAUUCAGCCUUCCCUAUUUAGUUGUAAUUUAAUUUGAGCCUAACGAACGUGUAAAAACUAAAGAUCAUUGAUUUGUUUGUACUGAGUUGAACUCCAAUAAAUGGCGUUGAUUAACCCGAAUGCAAAACAGCAAAA